AGGAAGAUGUCGUAAUGAGCGAGGAUCGGAGGGAGAGUCAUUCACCAAUUUUAGCCAAGUGAACUUGAGCCCCAGGGCGUCUCCUAGGAGAUCCCCUGCCUGCCUUCCCAGCCUGCUAGCAACUAACUCAUCUUACAUUUUUAUCAGCAACAUGAUCUAAAAGAUCCACAGAUGAGCAUGGCUGCCACUGCUGCUGUCAGUCCCAGUGACUACCUGCAGCCUGCCGCCGCCACCACCCAGGAUUCCCAGCCAUCUCCUUUGGCCCUGCUUGCUGCAACAUGUAGCAAAAUUGGCCCUCCAGCUGUUGAAGCUGCUGUGACACCUCCUGCUCCCCCCCAGCCCACACCACGGAAACUGGUCCCUAUCAAACCUGCCCCACUUCCUCUCAGUCCUGGCAAGAAUAGCUUUGGCAUCUUGUCCUCCAAAGGAAAUAUACUUCAGAUUCAGGGGUCACAACUGAGCACCUCCUAUCCUGGAGGGCAGCUGGUGUUCGCUAUCCAGAACCCCACCAUGAUCAACAAAGGCAGCCGGUCAAACGCCAAUAUCCAGUACCAGGCGGUCCCUCAGAUUCAGGCAAGCAGUUCCCAGACCAUCCAGGUGCAGCCCAAUCUCACCAACCAGAUCCAGAUCAUCCCAGGCACCAACCAGGCCAUCAUCACCCCCUCGCCGUCCAGUCACAAGCCUGUCCCCAUCAAGCCAGCCCCUGUCCAGAAGUCAAGUGCAACCACCACCCCUGUGCAGAGUGGGGCCAACGUGGUAAAGCUGACAGGCGGAGGUGGCAACGUGACACUCACCCUGCCUGUCAACAACCUUAUGAACACCAGUGACACUGGGGCAGCCACUCAGCUCCUCACCGAAAGCCCUCCCACCCCUCUGUCCAAGACUAACAAGAAAGCCAGGAAGAAGAGCCUUCCAGCCUCCCAGCCAUCCGUGGCUGUGGCUGAGCAGGUGGAGACGGUGCUGAUCGAGACCACAGCAGACAACAUCAUCCAGGCAGGAAACAACCUGCUGAUUGUUCAGAGCCCUGGGGGUGGCCAGCCAGCUGUGGUUCAGCAGGUCCAGGUGGUGCCCCCCAAGGCCGAGCAACAACAGGUGGUGCAGAUCCCCCAGCAGGCCCUGCGGGUAGUGCAGGCUGCAUCUGCCACUCUCCCCACCGUCCCCCAGAAGCCCUCCCAGAACUUUCAGAUCCAGACGGCUGAGUCAACGCCUACUCAGGUCUACAUCCGCACACCUUCUGGUGAAGUACAAACAGUCCUUGUGCAGGACAGCCCCCCAGCAACAGCUACAACCACCUCGACCACCACGUGUAGCAGCCCUGCACCCCGAGCUUCCCAUCUGAGUGGAACCAGCAAAAAGCACUCAGCCGCAAUUCUCCGGAAAGAGCGCCCCCUGCCAAAGAUCGCACCCGCCGGGAGCAUCAUCAGCCUGAAUGCUGCGCAGCUGGCCGCGGCUGCCCAGGCCAUGCAGACCAUCAACAUCAAUGGAGUGCAGGUCCAGGGCGUGCCGGUCACCAUCACCAACACUGGCGGGCAGCAGCAGCUGACGGUGCAGAAUGUUUCUGGAAACAACCUGACCAUCAGUGGGCUAAGCCCCACCCAGAUCCAGCUGCAGAUGGAGCAGGCCCUGGCUGGAGAGGCCCAGCCAGGGGAGAAGCGGCGCCGCAUGGCCUGCACGUGUCCCAACUGCAAGGAUGGGGAGAAGAGGUCUGGAGAGCAAGGCAAGAAAAAGCAUGUGUGCCACAUCCCGGACUGCGGCAAGACUUUCCGGAAGACGUCCUUGCUGCGGGCCCACGUGCGCCUGCACACCGGUGAGCGGCCGUUUGUCUGCAACUGGUUCUUCUGUGGAAAGAGGUUCACGCGGAGCGACGAGCUUCAGCGGCACGCUCGCACCCACACAGGGGACAAACGCUUCGAGUGUGCCCAGUGUCAGAAGCGCUUCAUGAGGAGUGACCACCUCACCAAGCAUUACAAGACCCACCUGGUCACGAAGAACUUAUAAGGCCAACUGAGACAGGAGGACGUGAAGAUGCAGUUCCCUCAUCUGUCCUGCCUGGGCCCCUAGUGAACAGGUGCCCUUGGCUGCCCUCAGCCCCGCACCUGUUCUGCGGCUGUGUCCCCACAGGAAGGGGCCCUGCUCCCCAUGCUCUCCUUCUGAAGUCCCUUGGCUCUGCCCUGGCCCUUCCUUCCCACCACGAGCUCCCGGCCUGCCCAGACCAUGGGCAGUGGCCAUGCCCAAUGAGACGUUCUAAACCAGGACGCAUGGGAACCCUUAUUUCCAAAGGAAAAACAUGCAUUUCACUCCGUCGAGGAGCAAAGUGAGCCCACCCCUGCCCUGUUCCCUGCCCCCAACACUCCCAACACUGCCGGAGUCCCAUUGUGCCAUGCCUCCCCCACUCCUGUGCCUCCUUGCCCCACGCACUACCCACUUGGGAUGCCCCGGUGCCCUGCACCCAGCCUCCCUCUGGCACCCACCUUUGCAGAGACUCAGGAGGCCUCCUCCACUCCACUGCCCAGCCCUGCCACGGCUCUCCUCCAGACAUUCCAACUUCCUAUUUAAAAAGUCAGACACCGUGGACUCCUCCUCUCCCCUUUUUCUAUGGAGAACGUUGCCUUAUACUCUCUACUUCAGAUGAUGAACACUGUGUAUUGUGUGUGCUUUAAGGACGUUUAUUUAAUUGCUCCCUUCUUCCUUUCCUUUGUAGCCACCUCCCCCAUGCCUGCUUUCAGUUUAGGAUUUGGGGGGGCAAUGAUGAGCAUAUGAAUUUUUUUCUCACUCUAGCAGUCCUCUUUUCUAAGUGAAACAGCAUUUCAACUCAAAAACACUUCCAUCCUGAACCUCCUCCCUCUCCCCUCAUCUCACCUGUCCCCCAAGCUCAGCUGUGUACAGUGUAUAUUGUAUAAUAGACGAUUGUGUCUACUACAUGUUUUAAAAAACAUAUUGCUUGUUAUUUUUGAGGCUUUUAAAUUAAACAAAAAUCCAACUUUAUUUUUAGUUGUAACUGCUUGAGGUAUGUUUUAUGAAUUAAGUGACAGAUUUGUUAUCCUUUAUUAACAAUGUACUUUGUUGGUCAGUGCUGGGCUGACAAAAAUUUUUUCUUGCUAAUAAAUUUAGUUGCCUGAGGCAAAAUCUGCA